GUUGUACCCUCCUGUCUUCCAGCUAGAGGGAAUGCACUUGCUGCUCCUGUAGCGGACAGGUUUGGUUGUUGGCGUGAAUGGCUUCCUGAUGCAAAGAGCAACUGUGUGUUGCCUUUUCUGUCUUUGCUUGAGGAGCUGUCCUGAGUCUUGAUAUUGAUACAAUGUUGCUCCUGCUGCUGAUAUUGAACCUGAGCUUGCAACUUCAUCAUAUAGCAGCUUUAUUCACGGUGACAGCCCCUAAGGAAGUGUACACAGUAGACUUCGGCAGCAGUGUGACCCUGGAGUGCGAUUUUGACCGCAAAGAAUGCACUGAACUGGAAGGGGUAAGAGCCAGUUUGCAGAAGGUAGAAAAUGAGACUUCUUCUUCACAAAGUGAAAGAGCCACCCUGCUGGAGGAGCAGCUGCCCCUGGGAAAGGCUUUGUUCCACAUCCCUAGUGUCCAAGUGAGAGACUCGGGGCAGUACCGUUGCCUGGUCAUCUGCGGGGCCGCCUGGGACUACAAGUACCUGACGGUGAAAGUCAAAGCUUCUUACAUGAGGAUAGACACUAGGAUCCUAGAGGUUCCGGGGACAGGGGAGGUGCAGCUCACCUGCCAGGCUAGAGGUUACCCCCUAGCAGAAGUGUCCUGGCAAAAUGUCAGUGUUCCUGCCAAUACCAGCCACAUCAGGACCCCUGAAGGCCUCUACCAGGUCACCAGUGUUCUGCGCCUAAAGCCUCAGCCUAACAGAAACUUCAGCUGCAUGUUCUGGAAUACUCACACGAAGGAACUGACUUCAGCCAUCAUUGACCCUCUGAGUUGGAUGGAACACAAAGUCCCCAGAAUGUGGCCACUUCAUAUUUUCAUCCCGAUCUGCACCAUUGCAUUAGUCUUCCCAGCCACAGUGAUAGCCCAGAGAAAGAGGCUCUGGGGAAAGCUGUAUUCUAGAAAAAGAUCUGAACCUGUGGUCUUGGAGGUUGAGAUGAUCUGAUGGGAAAUCCUCAAGAGACUUCUGGACUCAAAGUGAGAAUCUUGCAGAACCAUUUGCACUUUUUGAAUGCUUUGGGUGAUGAUCCAGUGCUCCAGUCAGGAGCUUGCAGGACUGACAGCCUUCCCUUCUGUCUCAAGACUCUCUCUGAACGAGCACAACCACAAUGGCACUUUAGAGUCACCCCUGGGAUCCUGGACCCCAGUGAGGGCCUGAGGCCCCUCCUGGCUUCCAGGGUGAGAGCAAAAGGAAUUGUUCCUUGUCCCCCACCCUGUCCCUGCUACUGCUUUCCGAAGGGAGACAUGGAAAUUCCCAGCUACUAAAAUAAAUUGUCAAUAGAGUUAUUUAUAUGCAUCAUUUCCUCCAGGGACUUGGAAGCUUCAGACAGGGUUUUCCAUAAACAAAGUCAUAACUGAUGUGUUUUACAACAUCCUAGAAUCCUGGCGCCUCUGAAGUUCUAAUUAACAGGAAGCAGUUAAGUACACAACUGUGGUAUUUGUUUCGACUUUUCUUUUUUAAAGUCUGAGCCACAAGGCAUUUGUUGUAACCCUGUGAUGUCACUGUUUAUUGGUGUCUCCUCUUUCAACUUCAUCUUUUAAAAC